AUGCCACUCAAGGGAAGCAAGAAUAAUUUAUCAUCGAAUUAUUCAAUACUGGAUGUCUUGAAAACCGAGCUACUAAACGAAUUCGAGCGUGAUGAUUCAGUCUCAAGCAGGGCCUUACAAGAGGGCAUAAAUAGCAGUGAUUACAACAAGCAAAGAUUUCAAAGGAAUGUGGACUUGCACUUUGACAAGAAAAAGGCUCUACCGCAGGAGACAAAGUGGAGUCUGUUAUAUGUUGGGCAGGAAGUGCCGGAGACUGCCCUCAUAGAAAAGAAAUCGUCAAGAAAGAGAAGACUAAGUGUUCCUAGUGAUGAUGAAAAAAAUGCAGCUAUUAAUCUGAACUCUGAGAACUCAUCUGCCGUUACAAAAGUAUUGAAAGUGGAUGGAGUCCCCGUUGUGGAGGGUAUAUCUUUGACUGAUGAUGUGUUGGAGAAGAUUCUACCACGUGGGUUCACUGAACUCACUCCUCCUCGUGGUUUCUCACAAAAUGCAAAUGCAGUAGAAAGAGUGGAAGCAGCAACUAGCACUCACUACAUACCACCAACUAACCAAUCAAACAAUAUUCCCUCAUCGCUAGUUCCAACCGUAUCGUCGUCACACGGGGAUCUUGAAAAUAUUAAGGAAGAGGAUGUAAAGCAUUUCGGACACCUAUUGAGCCUGCGAGAGGCAGAUCUAGAAGGAGAUGCGAAAAGAGAAUUUCAAUCGAUGAAGUUGAUAUUGAAGGUAAAGAAUGGCUCCCAAAUUACGAGGAAAAGAGCAAUGAGGUCAUUGACUGAAAACGCGGCCAAGUACGGACCGCAAUUGCUUUUAAAACAAAUACUUCCAAUCUUACUAGAACCCGUACUAGGCGAGCAAGAGCGUCAUUUGUUAGUGAAACUAGUUGGCAGAUUGAUCUUCCAAUUAAACGCAUCAAUCCAGCCCUACACUCUAGAGUUGAUACAUGUCUUGUCCCCUUUCUUGAUUGAGGAGGAUCUGACAGUUCGUAAUGAAAUUCGCGAAAUCUUGACUAAUUUGACAAAGAUUGUUGGCUUUCCCAGUAUGAUAUCUGCAUUAAGACCCGAGUUGGAUCACGUUGAUGAAUAUGUCAGAAAUCUUACUUCAAGGGUUCUCGCUAUAGUGGCAAAUACCCUUGGUCUAAAUCAAUAUUUGCCAUUUUUGAAAGCGGUCGUCAAAUCUCGCAGGAGCUGGACGGCAAGACACACAGGAAUCAAGUCAAUCCAACAAUUGUGUAUACUUUUAGGUAAGGGUAAUGGAUCAGCGGUGUUACCGUACUUGACCCAUGUUAUUGAAAGUAUUGCUCCUGCUAUAAACGAUGAACAUCCACAAGUUAGAAUUAUAGCGGCGUCUUCUUUGGCACAAUUGGCAGAGUGUGUGGAACCUUACGGCAUAGAUGCAUUUGAGCCAGUAUUGGAACUGCUUUGGAAUGAAACUCGUAGACAGCGAGGCAAGGGGCUAGCUGCAUUGUUAAAAUGCAUUGGGUCCUUGAUUCCACUAAUGAAGUUUGACCCAAGAUAUGACGAGUACACCAAUUUUUACACUGCAGAGUUGGCAUUUUUGGUUUCGCGUCAAUUUUCAGCUCCCAACGAAGAUAUGAGAAAGACUGUUUUGGGAAUCAUUCUGAGCUUACCUCUUUCCAAAAGGAUUUUGCCCGAUUACGACUUGAAAGUUGUCAAACCGUUUUUCCAGGCUUUUUGGAAUAGGCGGACUGCUUCUGAUAACGAACAAGUAGCAAGACUUGUUGUUGCGGCAACAAGCCACUUGGCUACUCAAUUUGAUUACAUAACUAUAAUGGGUUAUGUCAUACACUUUACCAAGGAUGAAAAUGAGGAACUACGAAGACUUGCGGUGAAAGCACUUUAUGCGAUAGUGGGAAGCAAGCCUGAAGAAUCUUUGGGGAUGAGCGCUCGUCAGAUUGAGUCAUUAAUCGAUGGGGCUUUGUUUGCAUUUCAAGAGCAAACAAUUCAACAGCAGAUAUAUCUACAGGCUUUUGGUACGGUUGCAAAGGCUUUGGGAGUGAGGAUGAAACCUCAUAUUAAUUCAAUCAUAAGUUCAGUUUUGUACAGAAUGAAGAAUAAAUUGCCAGAGGUUCGGCAACAAUCGUCCGAUUUGAUUGCCGCUAUUGCACCAGUGAUAAAAGUGUGCUCUGCCCAUGAUGAUACGUUGUUGGAGAAAUUGGUAUUAAUCUUGUAUGAGUCGUUGGGUGAAGUUUAUCCGGAUGUUUUGGGCUCAAUAAUUAAUGCCUUGUACUUUUGUAUCAAGUCAAUUGACACAGGUACCUUGUUGUCAAUGUCCAAUCCUUCAUUAAACCAAAUAUUGCCUACAUUGACUCCCAUAUUGAAAAACAGGCACGAAAAAGUUCAAGAAUCAAGUGUGCGAUUGAUUGGCUUGAUAGCCACCCAAAAUGCCGAAACCAUCAAUGCGAAAGAAUGGAUGCGUAUUUGUUUUGACUUAUUGGAAUUGCUAAAAUCCAAUAAGAAGAAGAUUCGAAUUGCUGCAAAUGCUACAUUUGGUCAUAUUUCAAAAACCAUUGGACCGCAGGAUAUCAUUGUGAUGUUGUUGAAUAAUUUGAGAGUGCAGGAGCGUCAAUUGAGAGUUUGUACUGCUGUUGCUAUGGGAAUCGUUGCAGAAACCUGUCAACCGUUUACCGUAUUGCCUGCAAUCAUGAAUGAGUACAAAACACCGGAAAGAAACAUCCAGAAUGGUGUUUUGAAGGCCAUGAGUUUUAUGUUUGAGUAUCUUGACGGUAACACAACUAAAGACUAUGUGUUUGCUAUCACGCCAUUGUUGGAGGAUGCGUUACUUGACAGAGAUUUGGUCCAUCGCCAGACCGCAGCCACCGUUGUUGGUCAUAUUGCUUUGAACUGUUUUGGCAUGAACCUUGGUCGAGAUUAUGAAGAAGUCUUUGUUCACUUAUUGAAUUUGAUAAUGCCCAACGUCUAUGAGACCUCACCCCAUGUCAUAGCGAGAGUGUUGGAGAGCUUGGAUUCGUUGAGAUUGAUACUAGGAAUCGGGGUAUUCAUGAACUAUGUAUGGGCCGGAUUGUUCCAUCCAGCGCGCAAAGUGAGGGCACCAUUUUGGAAAAUCUACAAUAGUGCGUACGUGCAAUGUAGUGAUACAAUUGUGCCGUAUUAUCCCAACGUGCAAAAGAUGGAGCAAGAGAAUAAUCGCUUUGCGAUUGAGGAGUUGGAUCUACGAUUGUAG